CAAAAACGACAAUCGUGAUUCGUGAAUAGCGCGUGUACUGUUGUUCGCUCAUCGCAUGAUCGAAGAAUCGGAUUUUGGGUUUCGGAUGAUCGCAUGAAACCAGCGAGUGUGGUGAAAAUGACACUAAUAAAUUGGUGAACAAAUCUAUCAGUCGAAUUACGCGGCCGCCGUUCGAGAUCGCGAAGUGAUAUUAUAGUGAUUAUUAUGAACUUUGAGGACUAUGAAACCCUUCCGACACAGAAUUCCAUCACCCACAUGACUGCGGGCGCGAUCGCGGGGGUGAUGGAGCACUGUGUGAUGUAUCCCCUGGAUUCCGUGAAGACGCGGAUGCAGUCGUUGCGGUCGGCGCACAACAGCAGCAUCGUGGAGACAUUCCGACACAUGGUGCAGCGGGAGGGCCUGCUCAGGCCGGUGCGGGGGAUGUCGGCGGUGGUGCUGGGCGCGGGGCCGGCGCACGCCUGCUUCUUCGCCACCUACGAGCAGAGCAAGCACACCCUGUCGCAGCUCAUGCGCCAUCGGCACGACCACAUCACACACGGUUUAUCAGGGUGUCUGGCGUCGCUGGUCCACGACGCCGUCUCAAAUCCGGCUGAAGUGGUGAAGCAGCGGUUGCAGAUGAUGAACUCGCCGUACCGCGGCGUGUGGGAGUGCGCGCGGCACGUGUUCCGCACGGAGGGGCUGCGCGCCUUCUACCGCUCCUAUAGCACGCAAGUCGCCAUGAACGUGCCAUUCCAGGCGCUGCACUUCGUGACGUACGAGGCGUGCCAGUCGGCGCUGAACCCGGGGCGCGGGUACUCGCCCAAGGCGCACGCGCUGUCCGGCGCCGCGGCGGGCGCGCUGGCGGCGGCCGCCACCACGCCGCUCGACGUGUGCAAGACCGUGCUCAACACGCAGGAGGGCGGCGCCGAGGGGCUGGCGCAGGCGGCGGCGCUGGUACUGCGCGCGUCGGGUCCGCUCGGCUUCUUCCGCGGCGUGACGGCGCGCGUGCUCUACCAGAUGCCCGCCGCCGCCAUCUGCUGGCUCACCUACGAGACGCUCAAGCACGCGCUCGCCAGGGUGGAGCUGGUGGAGGAGGCGGGGUGCGGGGGCGGCGCGGGGGGCGGAGCGGGCGCGGGGGGCGGGGCUGGGGGCGCGCCGCUCGCCGCCGCGCUGCGUCUCGCCGCGGACGUGCCGUAGCCGCCGCCGCCGCCACUCCUGUACAUAGUAUUAUCGCGUCGCGCGGAUGUGUCGGAUCAUCCGUUCUAAACAAUCGUACAAAUACCCCGGCGCGGUGCUCGGCGCCGCCCGGCGGUCGUCGCUGUCGCGAAGUCGGGGUCGAGUGUGAUUCGCCACAUCUCCAGCGUUUUAUUUUUGUAGCCGGGACUCCAAAUUCUGUUAUCUGUUGUGCAUACGUCCGGAAUAUUCUUGAAAUUAUGGGCAGUGAUAUUGUUACGCGUAUCUCCGACUCCGGUAGUGUUCGGCAUCGGUUCGCGUCGCCGGAGGAAGGGGGGAUGUGAUAUGGAGGGGGGGGGGGAGCUCUAAUGUGAUGUGAUGUCGCGAAUUGUUGCUGAACUUGUGUGUGUGAGUGAUGGCGUGAAUGUGUGAAUGUGAGCCUGCGUCGGCCGAAUGUUGAAGCGUUAGUUAUAAUUACAAGCCCUCCUGUAGGCCUCUUCUAUACGAGCAGAACGUCUCGGGCGCCACCUAGUUUAACUGUCGCUUCAACGUGCGGCCGCGCGUGCGUUUCAUCCUAGCGAUGUAAAACUCGGGCCGCGGCGGCGACCACAAUUGGCUAGCACAAAAUCUUGUUGUAAAAUUAAAUGAUAUUAUUAUGUAUAAUAUUUUUGUAUUUUUGUUGUAAUGUAAUAAUAUAUUCUUAUAUCGCGUGAGUCUGUGUAACAGACGAAGCGGUGCGUCCGCGUCACCGACGGUAGCUGUGCUCAAACUAGUCUGAGGUCUACGCUUAUACACAACAAUAAUGUAUAUGUAUAUCUGUAUUUAUCCGCGUCCCGGCACUCGCGUGGAGCGCCAGACGAAAAAUAUAUUUUGUUGAAUCGAUCGAAAUUAAUCUAAGACACCCGCGCCGCCGCCGCGGCCUCGCGCGCGUCCGGCGUGUUUUAUUAUUUGUUGAGAUAUUUAUGAGCUGUGUCGCGCCCCGUACGAGCGGACGGUCCUGUACAGUGAUCGCUGACCGCUCGGCCGCUGACCGAUCGGCCGCUGACCGCUCGGCCGUUGACCGCUCGGCUGUUGAUCGUUCGGCCGCUGACCGCUCGGUCUAAAUGUUAAGUGUUAAGAGUUGCAUAGGUGUGUAGGACGUCGGCGAACCGAACGAAUAUUUGAAAAAUGUAUAAAGUGAAUAUAAUAAACAGUUGGACAAU